CAAAUGGCAUCAAAAAUCAAAGAAACCCCAAUAGAAGAAGACAUUUCUUUAGAUGAUCUAGCCAAGCUCACUAAAUUAGAAGAGACGGCUUUACAUGUAGCCAUCUCUAGUUACCACUCUGAAUUACAGAGCCCUGAUUGUGAAAAACAGAUUGAGGAAAUGAUCAAAUCCAUACCUGACAAAGAUGCAUUCGAGAUAUUAUCAAUGAAGAAUGAUAAAGGAAACACUCCUCUCCAUCUCGCAGCAGCAGUCGGAUGGCUAAGUAUCUGCAAGUGCAUAGCUUUAAGGGAUCUAAAAAGCCAUUUCAAGAAACAGAUCAGCAAACGAAAGGACAAGAACCAGACGAAACACUUUGUAGAUGGGAAGAUGGGAAUGCAAUUUUUACACUCAGCUAUUUCCGGAGAAUAUUUCAAAUUGGCUUACCGGAUAAUCAGCCAUUACCCAAAGCUGAUCAAUUCAGUUAAUAUGGAGGGUGAAUCUCCUCUCCAUGUUCUUGCCAGAAAGCCUAAUGUGUUCAGAAGCAGCACUCAUUUUCCAUUCCCAGACUCUAUCAUCUACCGCU